UGUAUGCGUUUUUACCUUCAUGAUUAACGUUGUGUAAAAUUCUGCCACCACUUCCGCAUUGAGUUCUUGACAAACUAGCUCAACAUCAUGGCAGUGGGCUUAAUAUCGUAUCAGACUUUGAGAUGUCGAUUGUUAAAUCGUAUGAUUUCGCACCAAGUUGUGAGCACAAUAUGCAGCUUUACACGCGCGUUAUCGAGAAUGACUGUUUCUCCGUACACAGAUCUCUCACCACGGACAGUACACGGGCUGGUAAACCUAGGCGGGAGUUGGACUUGUAGGACAUCACGGUGGUUGUCUUUUCACGACUCAAGAUCAUUCUCCUCUUUACCUCCACCGCCCCCUUCUGGUGAUAAAACCAAAAAGACAGGGCCAGUGACUUGGAAAUCAUUAGCAAUAACAUUUGCAUUUGGGGGUGUUCUCCUUGCCGGAAUGAAAUAUUUCAAGAAGGAAAAAGAAGAAUUGAUUGAAAGAGAAAGGACAAAGUCAAUGGGGAAACCAGCGCUUGGGGGUCCAUUCUCUCUUGUGGAUCAGAAUAAUAAAUCCUGUAAAAGUGAGGAUUUCCUCGGCCAGUGGGUCCUUAUCUACUUUGGCUUUACACACUGCCCUGACAUCUGUCCUGAUGAAAUCGAGAAAAUGAUUGAGGUGGUGGAUGAAAUAGACAGGAUACAGUCUCUUCCAAACCUGACCCCCAUCCUCAUCACUAUUGAUCCUGACAGGGACACACCUGAGGCCAUGGGGACAUAUGUGAAAGAGUUCUCCCCUAAGCUCAUUGGGCUGACUGGGACAAUGCCCCAAAUUGAGCAGGUCUCUCGAGCCUACAGAGUCUACUACAGCCAGGGACCAAAGGAUGAAGACAACGACUACAUUGUUGAUCACACAAUCAUCAUGUACCUAGUUGGUCCAGACGGAGAAUUCAAGGAGUAUUUUGGACAGAACAAGAGGAGCGCUGAGAUUUCCUCUUCCAUUGCAUCACACAUGAGGAAGUACAAGAAGUUGAAUUAAGAGGUGAGAUGAAGGAGAACUUGUGUGCCUCUCUCAAAGCCUUCAGACUGUCAGCAGCCUCUGGCCCAGCAGCCCCUGACCCAGCAGGACUGAACACUGCCAUGUUAUGUCAAUGACAUGGAAUAUUAUCUGGAGUACAGCUUUUCAUGGACUUCAGAUGUCUACGACUUACCAUUCAAUUUUUGCUGUUCACCAUUUAACAUGGUCUCUAAUAUCAUAUUUAAGUCUAAGAUUAUUUAAAGUGAUUUUUUGCAAAUAGGUUUGGACAACGCUUCAGUGUUAAUUUUUUCUGCUUUGCCCAUUAUUUCAAUCAGUGUGAAAUACAAUUGUUUCGAUGUAAAAUAUGAGAGCCAAACAGAAAUACCGGUACUUGAUUUCAAGUCCCUCAACAAAUGUAACUAUGCUAAAAUGGAGGUGGAAAGUAUUCCUUGGAAAUCAAAUCACAUUUUAUUGGUCACAUACACAUCUUCCUUGGAAAUCAAUACUGAGGAACUGAAGGUUUCCAGUGUUUACCCUUGGGCACUCCUAAUGGAAAACGAACAGGAAUAGUUGUCGUUGUGCAGUUACAGCUCUGCUUUACUUUGUUUACACUAAUUCUCCUUUUUAGCCUCGCUAUUAAGUCUGGCCCAAUACCUGGACUCUUCUCAGUGACACCAGAAACAUUUAUGCACUGUAAUAACUAUUUGGUUACUCAAUUUGUACUAUCCAUAAAUCAAAGUCAUAUUUCAACAGAAUUUCCAAAGUAACUAAUUUAUUAAACUUGAACUUGCAGUUA